UCUUCAGCUCCAACAGCUCUGCUUGCCUGGGCUUUGUGAAAGGCGCAGGUAGCCAGCUCACCUGCAGCAGGCUCUGCCCACCUCCUCAUUUCUGGCUCUCAGGGAUGUGUGCUCACUGUGGGAGGCAUGUGCAGUGCUGUUGAGAGCAGAAGCAGUGCAGACAGCCUUAAUCACAUUCCUCCAACUCUGUUUCUCAGCAGGGCACUUAUUCCAGGGCUGUAUUUCCUCUUGAUUUAUUAUCUCUGCCAUUGUGGGGCUGACAUCUUACAUGGGUGUCCUGCUCGGUCCCUUAUCAUGGGAGCAUGAGGAAUGGCCAUUCCCCAGCAACACCCGUCGAUAACAGUGAAUAAUAGCCAGGAAGGGAGGAAGGCGAUAGUAGGGACAUGCUCAACAGAGGUGCUGUUAUUCUUGGGACAGGAGGCUUCUGCAGAGGAGGAGAGUUUGGGGGGGGGGGGGGGGAACAGGGAAGGGUGCUGUCACUGCUGAUGCUCUCUAGGGCUCAGCAGCUGGAGAGAAACAUUGGCUAAGGAUGGUCAGAGCCGGGACAUUAAAAAAGGAAGGAGGGAAAGGGAUGAAGUGAAAGAAGCUAGGAGCCACGCUGCAGAGCAUACAGACAGCCCAGUGUCCUCUGGUGUGUGAGGGAUGAAGGAAACAAUCUGUGAUUGACGAUGUGGACCAUCUGGGUGAUCAUCUUCUGGAUUUCAGCUGUCCUGAUCAGAGCUGUCCCACCUGUCUGUGACCUCCUGAGUGUCCUGAAAAGAGAGGAAGAAAACUGUGCUAAGACUCUCUCCCUGGAGGCAAAGAACACAACGACAGAAAAUGAUCUGCUCCUGAGCUCAGUUAGAUGUGCCGGAAUGUGGGAUAAUAUGAGCUGCUGGCCUUCAUCCGCUGUGGGACAGACUGUCAAUGCUCAGUGCCCUGAAUUCUUCCAGAUGCUGACUGGGAAAAAAGGUUUUGUCUAUCGAAACUGUACAAGUGAAGGUUGGUCUGACCCAUACCCAAGACCUGAUAUUGCUUGUGGCUACAAUGUCAAUGACACAACGAAUGAGGCAAGACGCUCCUAUUUCAUGACUCUGAAGACCAUGUACACCAUUGGAUACUGCACCUCCCUCGUGACACUGAUGAUAGCCUUAGCGGUCCUGAUCUCUUUUAGAAGACUUCGCUGUACGAGGAACUAUAUCCACAUGCACCUCUUCACAUCAUUCAUUUUGCGAGCCUCAUCCAACUUCAUCAAGGAUGCCGUUUUGUUUUCUUCUGAAGACAUAAAUUACUGUGGAGCAUACAUGGUUGGGUGUAAGUUCACCAUGGUCUUCUUUCAGUACUGCAUCAUGUCUAACUACAGCUGGCUCCUCGUGGAGGGACUGUACCUCCACACUCUCCUGGUUAUUUCCUUCUUCUCAGAAAGGAAGUUCCUCUGGUGGUUCAUCGCUCUCGGAUGGGGUGCCCCAUCUGUAUUUGUGGUUGCGUGGGCAACUGCUAGGCAACUCCAUGAAAAUAUUGGGUGUUGGGACAUCAACACUAAUGCCAAUACCUGGUGGAUCAUUAGAGGCCCUGUAGUUUUGUCUAUUUUUAUUAAUUUCAUUCUUUUUGUCAACAUUUUAAGAAUCUUGAUGAGGAAGCUCAGCUCACCUGAAGGACAGAGCAGUGAUUUCAGCCAAUACAAGAGGCUUGCAAAGUCAACACUCCUCCUCAUCCCUCUCUUCGGGGUCCACUACAUAAUCUUUGCCUUUUUCCCUGAAGAUGCAAGCAGUGGCACAAUGGAAAUUCAGCUGUUUUUUGAAUUGGCUCUUGGAUCAUUCCAGGGCUUUGUUGUGGCUGUACUUUAUUGUUUUCUUAAUGGUGAGGUUCAGCUGGAAGUUCAGAGAAAAUGGAGACAGUGGCACUUAAGCAAACACUUGCGUCGGCAUCUCAGCACCUCAGCAAGUAACGGAGGAAGUGGCUUAACUCAAGAGAUGCAGAUGGUGAGGUCGAGCCCACCAGGGCACAGGAGAGCAACACUCCAAAGAUCAAGCAUGAUUUAACACUGUAUGCCUGGAGGAUACCCCCAUGCUCAGAUACACAUGGCUAAGUCCCAUGGACUGUACUGGGAGUCUUGUGUAUGUAUCCAAAAGUGGGACUUAGAAGGGAA